CACAACUGAAGCAAGGACAGGUCAUUCUUGUCUGGGUUGCUGUUUAGUCUCAUGAAAAACUAUUUAAGCUCACCUCAGAUGACUCUCAGAAUGUUUGCUGCAGAUCUUCUUGUAUUCAGCUCUAUUCUAUCAGCUGCUUGGGGUCAGUCAGUCCUGAGCGUAUCACUCCCCAAAACCCUCAACAGCACCAGCGGCUCUUGCCUUCUGAUUCCUUGUCUAUUCAACAUUUCAAAAGAGAAAGAAAACAUUCUUGACAGUUCACCAGAAGCAACAUGGAGACGAGGAUCUCUGUGGUCACUCUAUGAUACAGAUCGUUUCACCAUCGAUCACCGUCAGAAGGAACCUGUGAUGGAAGUGCUGGGUGACCUACGAAAGAAAAACUGCACUUCUGUCAUGAGGAACCUCACCAGCCUGCAUUCAGAUCGUUACUACUUCAGGAUUCAAGCUGAGAACUUCGGUGCGACUGGAACAAGAGCUAAAUUCUAUUUUAUUCCUUGGCUGAGCCGAAUGUGA